AUGCCUCCGAUGUUUGGUUCGGUCAAGUCCAGCCGGCGCAGCUCCAGCGAGGUGUCACAGGACAACAAGUCCGUGCCCGCAGAGCUCACCUUGAACGGCACCACGCCUUCGGGCAAGCCCCGGCUGUACGUGUGCAACAUCUGCACCCGCGCCUUUGCCAGACAGGAGCAUUUGAAAAGACACGAGAGGUCCCACACAAAGGAGAAGCCCUUUGCCUGCACCAUCUGCUCGCGCAAGUUCAGCAGGAGGGACCUGCUUCUCAGACACUCCACCAAGCUCCAUGCCGGCGCCGCAGAGGUCGUCCCGCGGCUCAGACGACGCUCCGUCAAGCCCGCCUCGUCCCCCGCGUCCAAGGACAACACAGACCAGAGCGCGUCCAACAGCCCGUCUGCGGAGCCGGCCGGCAGAGCAGGCUCGCGGCGCGGCAAACGCGGCUCCUUCUCGGCCUCCGCCCACGCCGUCACCAAGCCGGCGCCGGCCGCGAGAAGACAGCGCAGCAGCGUGCCCGUGGCCGUCGAGCAGCGCAUCAAGGAGGAGCCCGAACUGCACGACGACUUCAGCUUCAAGGGCCUCAAGGACUUCGACUACAAGCUCGAGUUCCCCGUCAACAGACGCGCCUCGUUCUCGGCCAUGAGCGGCCGCAACUACGCCAUGCCCACGCCCGAGCCGUACGCCACCGAGGCCGUCGAGUUCUCCACGCCGCAGCUCAUUGCGUUCGACGACGACUCCGAGCACUGGCUCAACAGCCUGCCGAACCUCGACCUCAUGGACCACAGAGACGGCCAGGUCCCGAUGCAGCCGUCGUCCAGCCUGAACGCCGACGCCAUGGACGUCGCGCCGCACGAGUUCCACGAGGACAUCACCGGCUACUCGUUCUACGACGUGCCCUAUAAAAACGUCGGCUCCCUGUUCACGCACACCGCGCUGCCCGGCCGCGGUGUGCAGGCGCCUGGGCUCGACGACCUCGUCGAGGGCCCUCUGGGGCCGCAGGACAAGCCGGACGUGCGGCCGUUCAAGGCGCAUGUGUCGCCUUUGGUCCAGGAAAGCCCAGGAACAGACUCGAGCCUCCACACGCAGCCGGGAGACGAAAAAGUCAAGCACUGGCAGGAAACCCUGUUCAACCAGAGCAUCAACGAUCUGGAAGAGAUCGCCGACUUGAACGUGUCCAAGACGUACGACGUGCCGCAAGGAUACUCGUUCUACGGCAACAGCGACCAGAACACGGUGCCGCACUCGUCGUCGUGCUCGUCGAACGCGACGAUCUCGCCGAUUUUGCUCGACAACACACUCUCUGCCAACUCGCGGCAGAACAGCCCCAACCAGACCCUGGAGAGCUCCCAGAAACAGGGCGGCGCCAAAACGUAUUCGGAUAAAGAGUUCAACAGCGAAUUUGCAUACUCCAAGGAUAAGUUCGAGAAAUACUCACGGGUGAACCUGUUCACCGGCACCAUCAGAAGCUAUGUGUAUCAAUCUCUCUCCAAGUACCCUUUUCUAGGAGUUCCCUCGCCUACUAUUCCAGACAACGAAAAACUCAACUACUACAUCACCGAAUUCAAAAACAAGUUUCUGAACCACCAUCCCUUCAUCCACAAGUCGAUGCUCAACGAGUACUCUCUGAUGAAGUCGACGCUCUGCUCAAUUGAGUCAAACCUGAUCAGAGACGAAAAUAGCGUCGACAACACCAGAGUGUCGCUGGUGUGUCUGCCGUUGCUGAUUGCAACCAUCGGGGCGAUCGUGUCGAAUAGAAAGAGCGACGCCGCCAACCUGUACGAGGCGUCCAGACGGUGCAUUCACGUCUAUCUCGAGACCCGCAAGCUUGUCCGACACAAAAACUCGGCCGACGAGAACACUGAGACACAGGUGAACAACUCGUCGCCGCUGUGGCUUAUUCAGGCGCUCACACUCUCUGUGAUCUACGGCCUCUUUGCAGACGACGAGACCAGCUUGAAUGUCAUCAUUAGACAGGUGAACGCCCUAUGCUCCCUGGUCAAGUCGUCAGGUUUGAACUCAGUCAGCUCGCAGCUACCAAUAAACAUAGACGACGACGAAACGUCUCACGAAAAAUUUAUCGAAAACGAGUCCACCAUACGCACUGUCCACAUGAUCUUCCACAUCUCCUCGCUGCUGUCCACGCUGUACAACAUUGUUCCCUCGUUGAAGAUUGACGACCUGAAGACCGACCUGCCUUCGUCCACUUUUCUGUGGGAGUGCACGAGCCACGCGGAGUUCAAGAAUAUCCUCGAGAGUUUUGACUUCAGACCGGAAAACUACCAUCGUGUGCUGAGAGACCUCAUCAACCUACCGUUCUCCAAGCUUGAUCCAUCAACCGGUUUGAUCGGAAACUCCAAUUUCUUCUUUGAUAAUCACGUGAGCGAGUUUGGACUCGUUUGCCUCCAGAAUGGGCUCCACCAGCUGGCCUACCUGAAACAGCUUUAUCUGUCGAUGCCAGAAGGUGGCACCGUGUCCGAGUUUCUACUACAACUAGGCUCAGAGGAUCAGAAACUGCUGAACGUGGCUCAAAACUGGGAAAACCUACUCAAGGCCUGCAAAUUGUACCAAGCGAAUAGCGAGGUGUUCAUUGAUGCAAAGCUGCUGAACAGCUACUUGAACCUGAAAUUGUCGCACAUCAUGAAUUUCAACAAGAUCAAAGAAAACGUCUGGCUAAGAAGUUUCAGCGAUAUCAACAGUCUUUACGAAAAUAGCUUCACUUUUACUGACGAGCAACUGAAAGACCCCCAAUACCAAAAAGAGCUCAUUGGAAUGCUUGAUAACUGCAUUGACAUUUUCAAGACAGUGUUUUUCCAGCAGCCUGCAGACUCGGAGCUCGAAAACUCAGAGAAGCAGCUGAAAGAGAUUUACGACGAGGAGCUUGGAAUUGUCGAUUUGAACUUCUUGAUGAAACUGUCCAUCGACUCGCAGCUGCUUCUGGACAUCUUUAUGAUCAUAGUUAAGUUUUUGAUCAAUUUCGAGAACAUAUUCAAAAUGAAAAUGAAAUACAACAACCUUGGCUCUGUCAGCUUGAUCCAGCACUUCGAACUGCGCUCCACAGUGUACAACCCAUCCUCGUCGCUGAACUCCGACGUCGACGAAACAGUGUUCAAGUACUACAAGAAGUUCUUCAAGAUUUAUCUCAACCUCGAGUACUUCUUGAAGAUCAACUACGACUAUCACGAUUUUGAGAGCGAUUUCUCAAGCUUGACCAUCUCCAAUAUCAUCAACAGAGAUACAAUGCACUACAGUCAGCAGGAAAAGAACCUGAACUCCAUCUUGAAGGAUGAUCUGGAGGUUCUUCGCGAAAAAGACCUGAUCAUCAACGAGUUGAUAGAGUUCAAGCUCCCGUUCAAGUUCCUCAAGAUCGGGUCCUUCCUCUUCAACUUCAUCUACGACAAAAACUUCAAGUUUGUCAACUUUAAGAACCUGAGCGAUGUACUGUUCCACCUGCGCGUUUUUCUCGAAAAUAGAGAUGAUUAUGUGUGA